AUGGCUUUAUCAGCAGAGGAAGAACUGGUUGUUAGGGAAUGGUCUCCACUGACUCAUCUCUUUCAAAAACUGCCCACUAGACACCAGGGCUUCUUCAGUUCUGAUUUGAAGCUAACAUGUAUGGAUGCCAUCAGUGAACUUAUUGCCAUGGGUACAAACUUGGGGAUUGUCUAUGUUUACAAUAGGAAGACACAUAAUAUGGAAAGAUUAAAGUGUGAAAAUCUGAGUGUUCCUAUAACAUGUAUAAAAGUAAUCUCAACUGUGGAUUACAUGUUAGCUGUGGGAAAUCGUGAUGGAAAUGUGAAUAUAUUUCAACUACCAAAGGUGCCUCCGGAGAGUUUACCGCUUAGUCUUCGCCCCAAAGACAAGCAGGUGGAGAGAUACUCAGUCUCUGAGAUGCACAAGGGACAAGUAACUGCAUUAGAGUGGAGUAAAAAUGGCAUGAAAUUGUUCAGUGGUGAUGCCACUGGUCAUGUGGUAUUAACAGAGAUUGAUUUCUACAUGCAUUUGUGUAAAUCAUGUGAAAUUUUGGACGAGGCUUACGCGGUUGUGCAAUUGAAUUAUUUACAGCAGAGAUUGCUGGUUUCAACCACCUAUAGGAGUAUUAUUUGCCAGAAACAGGACAAGUGGAGGGUUUGUCAAGUUGGGAAAAAGGAUAGGAAAUUAUUGGGAAAAUUUGGUGGAACAAUAAUGCAGAAUGGUUUAGGACCAACUGAUCUUGUUUUAUACUGUGUAAGGCCUGGAUUAAGGAUUUGGCAAGCAGACUUUGCUGGAUCAGUUGAAAAAACAAUACUUUUCAAGGAUUCAUUGAAUGAUGCAAGCCCAGAAGUCUUCAUUCUAAACCCAUUGCCACCGAAUUUAAAACGCACCACAAAAGAACCAUCAUUUGGAGUCAUCCACCAGUUUCAUGAGAAUUAUCUAGUUACACACAACUCGCAAACGGUUUAUAUUCUCAACGUAAAAGAUCUGAAAAUAAUCGGAAUCGUAAAUCAACUCCGUGGAGUCCUGGACGUAUCCGUUCACAAGGACGAGAUAUUCAUUCUCGAAAGCGACCGCUCCUUAAUUCGAAUCUCACCAUUUCCUGAAUAUACUGAUGCUCCUUUCCAACCAACCUCGAAUAUUUCUACACCAAUUUUAACCACAUCCCUAAAAGAAUUAACCAACAAGUUGCAGUCGGCGUCGAUUAUUACAGCGGCACCGACAAAAACAGCAUUCCCCAUGAAAUCUCCAGCGAUUGCCACAGCUGAGGAAGCAAUUGAAUCAAAGAAAUCUCCGUUAAAAACCCCAACCACUCCGGUUACACCAACAGAGGGGCCUAUGGAUCGUGCAUAUCAAAUCUACCGCAAACUCGAAUUAUAUAAUAAAAUCUCAGAGAAGGAUUACGAUGAAGUGAUAGGAUAUACACAUCGCAAGAAGAAGAAAACUAGAAAGCAAACACCCACUGAGAAUGUAAUGACAUCGUCGAUCUGUAGUUACAGCUCGAAUAGUUCAGGAGAAGGUGAUAGAUCAGAUAGGAUCGAUGCAUACACAAUUAAACCGACACUUAUGACCAUAAGUACCGUGGGAAUGAUCGAUAUAAAGAGUCCUGACUCACUACAACAUGAUAUUAGCGAGAAGGAGAACUUGUUAGCGGAACUUUUAAACUUUGACAGUGUGAAAGUUGACUUGGACAAAUUACAAAUGAUAACCACACAAGAUGCAACAAAGCCAACCAAAAAUGAUGAUAUUCUACAGACCUCAUCCAAGGUAUUGGAUGAGUUACCUGAGGUUGAUCAGAACUUAUUCCCCAAACCGGAAACUUCAAAGACUGUGAAACCAACCGACAAAUGCCAAUCAACUAUUCCAGUGUGCCGCAACAUUCCAAACGCGUGGUCUGUUCAAACCGUAAGUUUAAUGGAUUCUGAACCCAUCAAGCCAAUUGCAACUCCAAAACUUACAACAUUUGCGAAUAUACCAGUUAUACCAGUUUUGCCACUGAGACGACCGCAAUUUCAACCAACUUCGCCAACCGACGAGUUAGCCGACUGGGAAAUUGUGUGACAAUUGAUAUGAAGCCACUGAUAUUUUAUCUGAUGAUUAUUUUAAGUGAUAUUUUCCGUGUGUUAUGUUCUUUUUGCUUGUUUUUAUUAUAAAUUUAUUAUAUCGGAUAUUGAUUAUUGAGAAAAAAUACAUUACCAUAAGUGUUUA